ACCGUCACGUGACAGCGCAGGCGCAGUGAGGUUCCGCUGUCAAUUUGUUCAAUCCCGAGUUUCGUCCGUCAUGGCCAAGAAUUUGCGCGUCGUGCUGCUGUUCGGCGGUUUUGCGGCUGCACUCGGAGCUACGUUUUAUCCCAUCUACUUCCGUCCGCUGAUUUACACUGAGGAAUACCUAUUGACUGGGUUGUUAAUUGCACAACUCCUUUUAAACAGAGCAGGAACAAAAGGUGAAUCGAACUGGAAUAAACCAGGAGGAAAUUCAGCCUGGAGGAAUGAAAGUGUGGUCUGACCCCUUCAAUCGAAAGUGAUCAAACUGUUGUUAAGUUAUAAUGAAGAAAUGCUUCAAUGACCCUUUAGUGCCUUGGCAUUGUUAUGAGGAAAUGCUAUAAUGAUUACUAUAAUGUUAAUCUAUUCAUUAGGUAAUGGCAGGAUUUAUAUUGAAAUGGAUUUUUACAUUUAAACUUUCUCAAAAAGUAUCAAUGUUAUAUGAGUGCAUGCAACUCUUGUGAUGUGCUAAAUGGCCUCUGAAUCAGAAGGUGGCAUGUUCAUGUCCCAGUCCAGAGAUGUGCUUUAAAAAAUAAGGACACUGACAUUCCAAAGCAGUACUGAGGGAACAUUAUACUAUUAAAAGUGCUAUUUUUCAAUUAAGGCCCAGCUUUCUCUCUCUCUCUAUAUAUAGAUGUAUCUCUAAUAGAUGGAGAUAUCUCACAACAGGAUUUUGAUAACAAGCAUGGUGUGGAGGUGGGGGAGGUGGGAUGAGAAGAUCUUUAAUUUCCAAGCUGUAAUUGAACCUUCAGUCAACAUCAGUAAAAUUAAUUAUGCAGAUUUUAUGACAGGUAUCAAAGGAAAUUUAUUGUCCACAUAUUGGCUACUAUGUUCCCUAUAUAACAUUGCAGAUUGCACAGUCAUUUAUUGGCUCGAAUCUGUUGUCUGCAGUUUGUGAUUCAAGUUUCAAAGUACAUUUAUUAUCAAAGAAUGCAUAAAUUAUACAACUUUGAGAUUUGUUUGCUCACAUGUCACAAUGCAAGGAACCUAAAAACCCAAUUAAAGAAAAAAUAAAUAAAUAAAGAUAAAAGCCCAACAUCCAAGUUCACAGAUUUGUUACGGUGUUUGAUGUUCACUAAAUAAUUAUAGUUUACUGGAAAUAAGGACUGUUUAAAAAUAGAUAUAAACACAGUAAUGAUCCGUCAUUAACCCCAAUGAACGCACAAAUUUCAUAUAAUGAGACUGUUAGAAAUUAUUCAGUAUAUUUUAGGGAUAGUCACAAGAUAUAUAAAUUUUUGUUUGGUUGUAUAAAUGGCUCGUGCUAAUAUCUUAGAAGCAACAACUCAGAGUUGAUAUAGAGAUUUGUUUAAAUACUUGCUUACCUUAGUCUGAAAUAAAUUAUGUGACUAUUAUAAUAGGAUUUGAUGUUAUAGAGCAAUAAUUGUACAAUGGUAAAUUUACAAAGUGUGUACCUAUUUCGCUGGAAGAAAACUCUCAAAUUGUUUAUAAGAUAAUAAAUCUUAAAAUAGCAAGGAUAACCAGUGUCAUACACUAAGAUGGCAUACUAUUAAUUAGUGUAUUAUACCUUGGCCUAAUCAUUGUAAACUGUGGAAAAAAAUAUUAAAUAAAGAAUAGUUGCUCAUCUGACUGCAAUUCUUUGCAAUGUAAU